AUGGAUCAGGUGGAGUACCAGUCCUUCAGAGCUCUACCGGAUGGUCCAAUUAUACGGAUCGAGGCUUCACAAGAUGAGGAGACAGGGCUCAAGCUUGUGUUCUGGGAAGACAUUCAGGAUCAAUUUCCUGGCGUCCAAAGCAUUAAAAAUGGGGAUAUUGCCAUUUCCUUUGCCAGGAAUUCCAAACGGAAGAGAAUUGAGCCCUGGUGUAUUAGGUAUCACCCGGGUAUUGUCCUGGAUGUUAUCCUCCCUAAUGAUGAUGGACAAGUUGGACAGACUAGACAGGAAUCACCAUUACAACAGAACGUCAGUAGCACAAUCAGUUCUCUAUCCACACAUUCACCAUAUGGAUCCAAGGAGGGUAGCCUCCCAAGUCCUGGUAUCUAUCUGGAUACGUCACUUGCACAAGGGUUUAGUGCUCUUUCUACUGAUCACCCUAGCCCAUACGCAGCGAUAGAGUCAGGAAACAUAGAUGCUCAACCAGAACUCACCAGCUCGCUCGUGAAAGUACCUAGUAGCCUCUCAAGGUAUCCUAGUGCUUCCAGAGCACCUGAUGGCCCAGAGCACCUAGCAUCUGCUAGACCAACUACUCCUACCACCAGUCAACUCGUUCCUCGCAUCCAGUUCACUCUCCAGACAUCCACGCAACUCUUUGGCCACUUUGAGCAAUCUAUUAAAUCAGGACAGAUGCAUCAGGCAGAAUCGAUCAAGCAGGAGAUCCGGGAUGCAUUUCUCAACUUACAAGCAGAGAUGGCUCGAAACCAAGAACUCCAGCUACAAAUGAUAGAAUUGCAACGAACUGCAGCCGAAAUGCAGCAGAAGAUGAUAUCAAUGCAGCAACAGGCACUAGAUCGACUCUCUGUUAUCCAGAGUCGAGUACAGGCUGUCUUGACACAAACGUACGAAUUACAUGAGUUCUCAAUCCCAAGGCUAUUCAUCGUCCUCCCCAAGGAGACUCGACGAAGAGAUGCCCUGUUGAGCCCUUUCACUAGUCAAUUCAGGCUCUACUUCUUAUGUGAAUGUGGAGAGCACACAAUGCCAUCACAACAACAUACUGUAUCUUCAAAGCCGUCGCCUAACUCCACCCCAUACGGAGCAUCGACUCGGGAUAGUAAUAGCAAUAGCAGUGACAAGAGCUUAGACUCCUUUACAGGAAAUGGUGGAUCGAGAACCCCAAUACAUCAUAUACAUGUGGCAAUGCACGAAGGAUAUGACCUUGACCGUCCCAGCGAGUUUUUUCUUAGAUAUGGCACCCACAUCCUCACAUUAUUACAAAUGCUCAAAUAUGGAGUUGUAGCAGCAGGAAUUGUUGUUCCACCACUAGCCAGCAUGAGAUUAGCAGAGAGUAUUGAUAGGCUUCAAGGUGGACUAGAAUAUACGCAGCAAAACUUGGAACCAAAAGUAGACUAUGCUAUCAAGUACCUCGAAUCUCUUGCGCAAAACUGCGGCGCAGUUGCUGCCAGCCUUGAUGACAUUGACAAAACUAUCAGGGAGUUCGAUCCAGAUCCUAAACCCAAUAGCUCAUGGGAUUCAGGUCAGGAUCCGAUCCAAGAUCUCGAAGCUCUGGAAGGCGCGGACUUGCGGCACCUUAGCACGUUUUUGAAAAUCAAGGACGAAGGCAAGGUGUUAGGAAACCUAUACAGGGUUGUUACGAGUGAGGGUCAUGCCAAAUGGGUAUGUCUGGAUCAUUAUCGUGAAAAUUAUCGUGAAUCAGCCAUUGAGCAAUUUCGAGGGGCCGUUGCUCUAAACAAUGGAACGUUUGAAGAGAUAGCUGGUAAAGUUUCUAUUCGCCUGACCUCGAGCACAGUUGCGAAACAAUUUUAUGAAGCGCUGGAAAGAGCAAAGUUUAUUCAGGAACUCAAUCUUGUUCUGGAUUGGGAAUCGUCACUUGAAGAUUUAAGACACUUGAAGGACACUGUUCGAAAGACCAAUAUCGUUAGCCUCAGACUCGACUUCUGCGGUACACAAGGGCCCGCCCGGGAUCUUUUCAACCGGAAUAGGAGAUACGAUCCCGUCAUCCAGAUGAUGGCCAACACAAAGUUGCAAAUUUUUCAUUUAGCACGGUGCGACAGUUUCUGGAGCAGGAUAUCCAAGAAUGCCUCCAUAGUUGCAAAAGCCAUGUCGUCUACCAUUCAGCUCCGCGUUUUGUCUAUCCAAGGUGCAAUAGAGAAUUGGAAAGCAGAACAACAUCAGAUAGAAGACUUUUUGCGACAUAGCCCUCGCCUAACGGAUUUAAGGUUACAGUGUACAGACGUGGAUGCGAUGUAUGAACUGGUCAAAAAUGCGACAGUAAAGUUUCGACAUCUCCAAUACCUAGAGUUGAGUGUAAGUCAGGCAGAUGUACAGGAGCAAGUUGACAUCAAGAUUGCCCAACCCCAGGCACAAAUUUUGUCUAUGGCGAUCACGACCAACAAGCGGCCCUAUACGCAAUUACUUUUCUCUGGUCAUGUACACAAGCUAGUGUUAUAUCAUGAGUUUAAUCUGAACGAAGAGAGAUCUAGUCUCGAGAGAAUCAUUCAUACGAACAAAUGUCUUCAUGAAAUUGGAUUGCGAUGUUCAGUACAAUUCAUGGCUCCGACCUUUCAGGCUAUCCUUUCAGUCUGUGAAAACCACUUGUCGUUACGUCUUGUAGAAAUACAAGAUACAGAACGACGUAACAAACUCACGACAGCAGAUCCUCAUGACCCCAAGGCAACUCUUCUCAGUUUACUAGCGAAUGAACCGAAGGGGAGAGAAGAGCUUAUGCGAGCGUUUGGUUGGGCGUUAAAGAGGAUCCCACCUGGAACAAAGCUUACACAUGGGCUAGUGAAGGGGCUUGAGGAGGCAUUGAGGAUUAGAGGAUCGGCGUUACAGAAAAUCCAUGCCAAUGUCUCGACGCUCGACAAGGAAACGUUAGAAUUGUUUGCCAGAGUGAUAGAGCAUUCAUUAGCGACGCUUUCCUGGCUGGAUAUCAUCAUUUGGGUCACUCAGGAUCAAUAUCGUGUAGUGGCAAUGGAAGCUCUUGCUCGGUUUAUUAUCCGAAUUAGCCCUCAGAUUACACGACUGCAGUUGCGCAUGUAUGGAUUGCCACAGCUUUUGUUUAGUCUUUCAUCUGCUGCGUCAAUUGCUCAACAGGCAGCCACAGUGUCGCUAACUAGGACUUACACAGUGGCUGGCAGAAGUUAUGGCAACAAUACGGCGGCUUUUCCAGUGGCUGCAAAAUCCUCCCUUUUGAACGGAGUGACCAUGCCAAUGCUUGAGGAGCUAGAGAUACAGCCCGAAGCAGACACAUAUGGCAAGAUACUACAUUGCCAAAUCAACCCUCCACAUGUGCAAUGGCUCCAAAUCCCGUUAUCAUCACCUCAUUUGAAGUCUAUUAAGCUUGGAUACCUCGAUAUUCUUAAAGAUGACUGGAUUGUGCUCAUACGGAACCUUCGUUUCAACACAGUGGAGACACUUAUUCUUGAGGGAACCAAUUUUUCAGAUCGGCAAGCAGAACUUUUGCUUGAAUGUCUUUCAUACUGUGCAAGCGUUCAACCUACAUCUUAUAGUGGCGAUGAAAAAAUGAAAUCGGUAGCGCUCAAAACACUGAAGAUCGAGGGAUCUCUGGUCACUGCUCCUGUGUUGACUGGAUUUGUAGCCCAAGUACACGCAUUAUUGCCAGAUUGCGAGUUAAAGGUCUGA